AUGUCGGACACCACUUUCUCCCGGCCGUCAGACAUGCCCCCUCUAUAGAAGUACAAACCCUUGAACACGCCAUCAAACUCUGUCAAAGAGAUCAAAGUGAAGCUCAUUCCAGCUCCAACCAUGGAGGCUACAGUCGUCUCACCAACGUCCAACAAGGCGAGUCCGUUCGACACCAAACCUGCUUCAUCGUCUACCAAACCGUCGUCUCCGGAAGCUGCAGCCUCCAGCACGCCUGUAGAUGAAGAUCAGGAGGUGGAGCAGCCCGGCACCCCAGUUCCCGAGGAGGACUCAGAGGCCUCAGACAAUGACGAGAAGCCGAAUGCUCUGUCACAUCCACGACGGGAAGAAGAAAAUCUGAACAAGGAAGGAAAGAAGAGGAAGAGGGUCCACUGGGCCGAGGAGGAGCAGCUCAGACACUACUCCUACUUUGACCUGGAUGAGACAGAGAGAGUCAACGUCAACAAGCGAAGCCAAGCAAAAGCCAAGCGAAAGCUCAUGACGGACCAGCACACAUUUGAGAUGACAUGCCGGCAUUCCCACGACGCCAUGGAGGAGAGGGUUCCCUGGACGCAGCCGAGGCCUCUGAUGCUGGCGGUGAGCCUGGUGACGUACGGAGCCAACAGCACGGAGAAACUUACCCAGAGGGACCGGGAGAUGGGGAUCCUGCAGGAGAUCUACCUCAGCAAAGACAGCGUUCCUGACAGUCCUCAUGAACCAGAUCCUGAACCAUACGAGCCCAUGCCCCCCCGACUGAUCCCCCUGGAUGAGGACUCGUCGAUGGUGGACGACGGCUACGCUGAGCCCAUGGACACCUCCUCCCAGCAGGGCUCCAGCCAGGCUUGCAACCCCAAGCUCCCCCCUGUUCUUGCCAACCACAUGGUCAACCUCAGCAUCAGCAGCAGCUCGCGCAGCCCCCAGACCUCCAACACCUCCACCAGCAACGCUGCUGCUCCCAGCGUCAACGUCCAGGAGAUGCUGACUUGCACCAUGGUGAGAGUCCUGCUGCUCCCCUGUACCUCUGCUGCCCCCCCGGAGCGUCAGGAAGCCAGUCUACGGAGGAGCUGGUGGGUUCCCUGCAGCAGAGCCAGAACCGGGGGGGGGCACUUCCACGCAGGGGGCCGGGGUCGAGGAGGGGACCCGGGCUUCAGAGGCCGAGGAAGGGGCGGGCCACGAGGAGGACACAACAACAUGAAUGACAUGUCCAAGAGGCCCGUGUGUCGACACUUCAUGAUGAAGGGCAGCUGCAGGUACGAGAGCAACUGUGCUUUCUACCACCCCGGCGUGAAUGGACCCCCGCUGCCCCCCAGCUACUCGAGCAACCAGCACGGACACUAG